AUGAAGUCGUUGAUUUGUCUCUCUCUCAUCCUCCUCCCUUUGUUCUCAGUCGUGGAAGGCCAACUUAUUGGUGGCCAGGUGCAGAUCAGGGUUGAUGAGGACGACGUCGUUGUGGUGGCCAAGUUUGCAGUCUCUGAGCAUAACAGACAGUCGAAGGCGAAUCUUGUGUACGUGAAUGUCGUCAAUGGAACCUACCAAAUUGCCGUAGGCACAGUGUACCGUCUUAUCAUUUCGGCGAAAGAUGGCAGCCAUGCGGCCAAAAAUUACGAGGCCGCUGUGUGGGAAAAGCUGGACGGGUCCAAGAUCCUUCUGUCCUUCAAAGAGUGUAAAUCUCUGGAUUUAUGUAAAACGAUUUAUGGAGUAUGA